AUGAAUCUCUUUUCUUUUUCUAAUAUUGAAGAAAGAUCUGAAACUAACUGGUUUAGUGAAUUAAAAAUACCCUUUGAAACUGCUAAACAAUCAAAAAUUGCACAAAAUACAUUACAACCUGAUCCUAUACUGAGACCUGCUGAUAUAGAUGUCAAAUAUAGCACUGAAGAAGAAAUACUAGUGAUCAAGUUUGACGCUGUGAGCGAUCGUGUGCUUAGAGUUGCUAUAAGUAGUGUGUUGGAAUCAUUGAAGACUGUUAUAGAGACAAUUGAUGAGUUUGAAGGUAAAUUUGAUGAAUAUUUACAAUGA